AUUUGCGGUAGGCGUGCGCACUGUAGUGUAACAGAAAGGCAGCAGAGUGAGAGAGACUGGGUCGAGAGAAAGCGCAUGUGUGAUUCCUCUCUCUCUCACUUCAUGCACGCAGCCCACCACUGAUGAGCUUCCCCCCAUCUUGUGUGUGUAACAUCUCUACCGCCGGACAGCCGAAUAGCGUCUGCUGGCACUGCAGGGGGAAAUUCAACACAGAAUGGAUUGCUAAUGAACGGAGCCUCUUUCUUUUCGUCUUGUUUUUUUCCCCCAACUGUCAACCUCCUCGAUGUCUCUAAUCAGUUUUUAACCAAAACAAAAUGAGGAUUUCUUGUGACCAGUUUCUAUUGAUAUUUUCUGGCUUUUGGGGACUCACAAUGGGUGCUUUCCCGAGCAGUGUUCAGAUCGGCGGCCUGUUCAUCAGAAAUACAGAUCAGGAAUACACAGCCUUUCGCCUGGCCAUCUUCCUGCACAACACCAGCCCCAACUCAUCUGAGGCCCUCUUCACCCUGGUGCCUCAUGUGGACAACAUAGAGACCGCCAACAGCUUUGCAGUCACCAAUGCAUUCUGCUCCCAGUACUCGCGGGGUGUCUUCGCCAUCUUCGGCCUGUAUGACAAGCGCUCGGUGCACACGCUGACGUCAUUCUGCGGGGCGCUGCACAUCUCCCUCAUCACGCCCAGCUUUCCCACCGAGGGAGAGAGCCAGUUCACUCUGCAGCUCCGGCCUUCGAUCCGCGGGGCGCUGCUGUCGCUGCUUGACCACUACGACUGGAACAAGUUUGUCUUCCUCUACGACACAGACAGGGGGUAUUCCAUACUGCAGGCCAUCAUGGAGAAGGCGGGUCAAAACAGCUGGCAGGUUAGCGCCAUCUGUGUAGAGAACUUUGACGAUGCUGCCUACCGGCGCCUGCUGGAGGACCUGGACCGACGGCAGGAGAAGAAGUUUGUCAUAGACCUAGAAGCGGAGAGACUCACCAACAUGCUGGAGCAGAUUGUCAGCGUCGGAAAACAUGUCAAAGGCUACCAUUACAUCAUGGCUAACUUGGGUUUUAAGGACAUCAACCUGGAGCGCUUCAUGCACGGUGGAGCCAAUGUCACAGGAUUCCAGCUGGUGGAUUUCAGCAACCCCAUGGUCAUCAAGCUGAUGCAGCGCUGGAACAAGCUGGACCAGAGGGAGUACCCCGGCUCCGACAGCCCCCCAAAGUACACAUCGGCUCUUACAUAUGAUGGUGUGAUGGUGAUGGCGGAGGCCUUCAGAAACCUGCGCAGGCAGAAAGUGGACCUCUCGCGGAGGGGAAACGCUGGCGACUGUCUGGCCAACCCUGCUGCCCCUUGGAAUCAGGGAAUUGACAUGGAGCGCACCCUCAAACAGGUUCGUCUGCAGGGACUAACAGGUAAUGUCCAGUUUGACCACUAUGGACGCAGAGUCAACUACACCAUGGAUGUAUUUGAGCUGAAGAACAACGGACCCAGGCGGAUGGGUUACUGGACAGAUUCAGACAAGCUGGUGCUGAUCCAGAAUGAAGCCCUUCAAUCCAACGAGUCAGUCAUGGAAAAUAGAACAGUUGUGGUCACCACUAUCAUGGAGGGUCCCUAUGUCAUGUUGAAGAAGAACUGGGAGUUGUACGAGGGCAACGAUCAGUAUGAAGGCUACUGCGUGGACCUGGCCUCAGAGAUCGCCAAACACAUCGGCAUCAAGUACAAGAUCUCUAUCGUGCCUGACGGGAAGUACGGCGCCCGGGACCCGGAGACCAAGAUUUGGAACGGCAUGGUUGGGGAGCUGGUGUACGGGAAAGCGGAAAUCGCUGUGGCCCCGUUGACAAUCACACUGGUCCGGGAGGAGGUGAUCGACUUCUCGAAGCCCUUCAUGUCCCUGGGCAUCUCCAUCAUGAUCAAGAAGCCCCAGAAGUCCAAGCCCGGGGUGUUCUCCUUCCUGGACCCGCUGGCCUAUGAGAUCUGGAUGUGCAUCGUGUUCGCCUACAUCGGCGUCAGCGUGGUGCUCUUCCUGGUCAGCCGCUUCAGCCCGUACGAGUGGCACACCGAGGAGCCCGAGGAGGGCACCGACGGUCUGCCCAGUGACCAGCCCCCCAACGAGUUCGGCAUCUUCAACUCCCUCUGGUUCUCCCUGGGCGCCUUUAUGCAGCAGGGCUGUGACAUCUCCCCCAGGUCUCUGUCUGGACGUAUAGUGGGGGGGGUGUGGUGGUUCUUCACCCUCAUCAUCAUCUCCUCCUACACGGCCAACCUGGCUGCCUUCCUCACCGUGGAGCGGAUGGUGUCUCCCAUAGAGAGUGCCGAGGACCUGGCCAAGCAGACAGACAUCGCCUACGGGACCCUGGACUCUGGCUCCACUAAAGAGUUUUUCAGGAGGUCAAAGAUCGCAGUCUAUGAGAAGAUGUGGGGCUACAUGAAGUCAGCUGAGCCGACGGUGUUUACCAAGACCACAGCGGAGGGGGUUGUUCGCGUCCGGAAGAGCAAAGGGAAGUAUGCUUUCCUACUGGAGUCCACCAUGAACGAGUACACGGAGCAGCGGAAGCCCUGCGACACCAUGAAGGUCGGCGGCAACCUGGACUCCAAAGGAUACGGAGUGGCUACCCCCAAGGGUUCACUGUUAAGAACUCCGGUAAACCUAGCCGUGUUGAAACUGAGUGAAUCAGGCGUCUUAGACAAGCUGAAAAACAAAUGGUGGUACGAUAAGGGCGAGUGUGGACCCACAGCCUCAGGAAGUAAGGACAAGUCCUCCCAGGCCCUGUCGUUGAGCAACGUGGCUGGGGUCUUCUAUAUCCUGGUGGGGGGCCUGGGUCUGGCCAUGCUUGUGGCCCUCAUCGAGUUCUGCUACAAGUCCCGGAACGAGGCCAAGCGAAUGAAGCUGACCUUCACGGAGGCCAUGAGGAACAAGGCACGCCUGUCGAUCACGGGCAGCGUGGGGGAAAACGGACGCGUCCUGACGCCCGACUGUCCCAAAGCGGUCCACUCGGGCCCCUCACUCCGCCAGAGCUCCGGCCUGGCCUUGGUCUCCUCUGAGCUCCCGUGAAAACCAAAUACCUCCCAAGUGCCUUAAAAAAACGACCAACCCACAACUAGCAUAUACCACAAAGACACGGGACAAACGUUAUCCCAGCUGGACACCACCACCAUGGCGUGGGCCGAGAAAGUAACUAAAGUUGUGGGUGUUUUUCAUUGUAGCAGAGAUGGGGACAUUGCAAUAUAAGGAUAUAGUGAGUAGGUGGCGAUUUUUGUAUGAGUUCUGUGGAAAAGUACUGAAUUUUCAACGUGUGGUCACAUGGGAGCACAUUGUAAUCACGGUGGCAUUUUCAGAUGCAGAGGUGGAAAUUGUGUCUGGCAUGUUUUACUAAAGGACCUAUGGCAACUUACCAUGCCUCCCAUUGGUGACAAGGAUGAAGAGGAAACAAGAGUGAAAAUGAAAAAUGAAUAAAGACCAAAAAACUGUAAACUUGAAACGUGUUACUGCAUCCGUUGGUUGCAAACUGUGAAUUGGUGAACAGAAUCUCAAUCAAGAUGGUUUUCAAAAAGUGGAUAAUAUGUGUUAGAAGACUGCGACAGCAUUUGAAAGACAACUGUCAGACAACAAUCUUGCUGAAUAUCAAUAACUGACAUCAGCUGGGGGAGUGUCCCCUGGUGUCGCCAUGAUAAAAACUAUAACCAUUAAUAAACUACAAUAACUCUAUUGAUACUGAAUAUAUGAUGAAACUGUGAAGAUUUAGUAAAUAUGUAUAUUCUGUGAAGACAAAGCUAAAGAAAAAAAAUAUUUGCUGUACAUAGAGAAGACUGUAUAACAUGCUUGCUUUUAAACAGAUGUAAAUAGUUGAUUCAGUAGUGGAAACAUUACAGUUCUCUUUUUGUAAUCAUCUUUAAAGAAUUAAUUCAUCGCAAUAAUGGAUAAGAUGACAACCUUUGAAAAAGGAGCGACACCGAGACAGAAUCCAGUAUACGGAGGACUUAACAUUCAUGUUCGAGUCCCAUGGGCAUGGUAUCAACUCUGCCCAUCCAUAUACCUGUUUCCUGCGUAUAUAUAUAUAUAUUCAGCAAUGAAUGUUAACUUGCCCACCCUCCAUCCUGUUGCCCCACCCCAUCCUCUUGCCCCACCCAAUCCUCUAGACCCACCCUUAUUCUCUAGCCAUAUACUCUCACUGUGCAGUCGUAGACCAGGAACUGGCUCAUAGACCAAACUUUACAUUUAAACGGUUUACUUGCGUUCUCCGCUGUCAAAAUUAAACUAUAUUUUUUUCAUUGUUUGAUCUAUUUUUUGUAACAAACAUUUAAAUAAAUAAAAACUGUCCAUCUCCUGAUUUGUAACGUUUUUUCAACGUUCACAGCUGCUGAACGUCAUUUAUCUGGGUAGAUAUUUUAGCUAAUCGUGUGUGGAAAAUAUAAUGCAAAAAUGAAAUGUGAAAAAAAAAAAAAAAAAAAGCUCUUUCUUUUUGCACUGCUGUAUUAUUUUAGGUAAAACCUAUUUCCUAUAAAGUAUUUAUUAAUUUAAAAAAGAAAAUAAUAAUGAAGAAGACACUGUAUUAUGGAGCCAUGGUCAAGCUUUGGCCUUCUUGGUUGCCAACACUGUGGGUCCUCAGUAGCAGGCUGGACACUGUAGCAGAAUCUAUGCCCCCCCCCCCCCCC